CGGCGAGCGACAAUCCUGGCCGCUGCUGCUCGUCAAGGCCCCGCGUGGCCCCGCCCCUUUUACCUGAGGCCUGAGGCGACGGAGGAGGAGGCGGAGGCGGGUCCUUCCUUCCUUCCUUCCUUGCCACCUUCGCUGUGAUUCACGACGGAGGAGGAGGAGGAGGAGUCCGGCUUCAGAGAGACUGAGAGAGAGAGAGAGAGAGAGAGCCUCUUCCCCUCAGAGCCCUCUUUGACUCAGUCAUAAUCAGGAGGGGCGAGAGAGGAAAUUGACGCCGAAGAGGAAGGAGAGCGCCUCAGGGUUGCCAGAGCGAAAACCGAAGAGGGUUCCUGUGCUUUUGAUCAUUGUGUAGAAGAGGGAGUUUCAACAGGAGAAAGGCAUAGCAGGCUUCGCAGGAUUGCCACCGUGAAAACUGGAGAGGGCUCCUGUGCUUUUAAUGGUUGUGUGGAAGAAGGCGUUUCAGCAAGUGUAACACACAACGGACUUAACAGGAGGUACCCUUCAUGCUUCCCCCAAGGCCUGAAUUACAUCUUUGAUUUCUUCUACCCAGCUGUCCUUGACUAAACAUUCUCAUAGCCUGAAGUGACCAGGCAAACAGAAGUCUCAGGAACUGGGAAGAGGGGAAUGAACCGUGAGGGUGUCCCCGGGAAGAGUCCGGAGGAGAUGUAUAUACAACAGAAAGUGAGAGUCCUGCUUAUGCUUAGGAAGAUGGGGUCAAAUUUAACCACCAGCGAGGAAGAGUUUUUACGGACAUAUGCAGGGGUAGUGAACAGCCAACUUAGCCAGCUUCCUCAGCACUCUAUUGAUCAAGGUGCUGAGGAUGGGGUGAUGGCAUUUUCCAGAUCGGAGACCGAAGACAGAAGGCAGUAACUUGAAGGGUUGCUUGAGCAAUAAAUAGCGAGAAUGGGGCAAAUAACGCUCUGGGAGAUCACGGAAGAUGGCCGGACAGUCAUGAGUUCCUUUGCCUUCCCUGAUUUUUGUGUUGUCCUGUGAUAGCCUCCCUUACCCUGAGUUCGGUUUCCCCGUUGCCCAACCUCCUGAAUGCUCUUCACAGCCAUCUGUUCUAUAUCCCUUCUUGUUGGCUCUGUGCGGUAGUGUUAAUCCAGGACAACGCCGGGAACACGUUCACGAUUGGCUCCAAAAAAAGGUGGACUCUGAUUGGCAGGCUAAAGGAAGAAAACUUGACCAGUGGAAACACGUCCCGCCCCCCCGACUCUCAAUUUUUGUAUUUUUAAGAAUUGUUGCUGACACCCUGCUUCUAAAAAGCCUUCAAGCUCCGGUGCUUAUUUAGGUCAUGCUUGUGUGGUGUGUUAUUUUGGAGAGAGGCGUGCCUGUGUGAAAUUGGAAAGGGGACUUCGGUGACUGUUUCCCGAAUGAGCGGUUUGCAGGUGUCCUGCUGACAGCAGUAUUUUCUUUGCUACAAACCAGGGAGGGGUGGGUAGAGUAGAGGGGAAUCGACGUAUUUAGUUAUCCGCUUCCCAUUUUACGUUGGGGCGGGAGAUGUUUUGCCAUAUUUAUUACAUGCUUGCUUGCCUUUUUUUAAAACAUACCUGGUUUAACUAUUGACUUCAUGUUGGCUGCAAAGUCUCCUGUGUGACUGAUGCUCCCCCUUGUCUGCUUCUGUGCUUUCCUUGAAGGAUUGGUGCUCCGAGGCAUGCGGGCUUUUUCUCAAGCCUACCCAAGCUGCAAGGAGGUGGUCAGAAACUCUCCUGCUUUGUGUAGACUUGCGGCAGUGAAUCCUGGCUCCUUCACACCUUGCUUGUGUCCGAGGAUUUCACAUGCCACAAAUCUGUGGCAUGGUUCUGUCAACCCAGCCCAGAGUACAGGGCGGUUUUUCAAGUAGUACAUACAGACCAUCCUCUUUUAAAAUCUGCGGACUGAUUCGGAGAUGGGAAGAGGGAGAACACAAACCUUUGGGUAAUAUUGGCCUAACAUAUGAACUGAUUUAUGAGCUGGGUGUAUCCUCAGGUUGGUCUUUCUUACUUGUGAUCAUUGAUUCCUUGGGCAGCAGUGUUACUCUUCCCCAAAGAGAAGCAGUCUUGGUGGUUGCAGGUGCUAUCGCCAGAUCUACUGAGUCAGGAGCAUUAUUUUGUGAUAUGCCUUGACUUGCCAGGAGCCUGUACACUCUGAUCUUGAUGUUCCAUGUGCUCUUGCUUGAGUCCUGAGUGUUUUUCUUCUCUUUAUGUGCCAUGAAUAUUCGCAGUACUUCCAGAAAGGCACCUGGAUGGGUUGCACUAAUAAAAGAUUCCAGAACAAUGUUGAAACCGAAACGCAUUUUGCCUGUUCCCUUGUCUUUAGGACAGAGACCAGUUAUCUAGAGGAAACAGUAGAAGGCCAGUUGACAUGAGUUGUCCAGGGCCAGUGCUUGUGAAGCUGUAGAAGUGGUCGCAAUCUGUGUGUGAAUGAAGGGAACGGGGGGAAAGUUUCUGUAGCCAACACAAAGCAGAGGAGAAAAAUGACACUUGAGUUUGUAAAGUUUUCAGUUUGAAAGACAAGCCUCAGCUUCCUGAGACUGGCGAUAACAUGUUUAGUCAAAUGAAAUGAGCAAUAAAUUCAGUUCAUCCUUUCAAUUCACAUUUUUUCCCCAAGAUGAGAAGGUUCUGACAUGAGAACACUGUGGCUGUCACUCUUUUGUUGCUGGGCAUCCAGACACUUUCCUAUACCCAGACGUUUCCAUGAGAAGAAAUCCUGAUUUCCCCAAGAUUUAAACUACAGUAUGUUGAGGAUUUUUGGGGAGGGUUUUUUUUAACACUUUUUCUCCUACUUACCCAGUGCUCCAGUUAAUGGCUGGUAAAAUUUGGACUGUGGCUGUGCCAUUGCCAGGACCACCUUUCCUCCGCUUUGCCCCAUACCAGCCUGUGCCACUUCUUUAAUUUAUUUGUCUGUUUUUACUACUACUGUCAUGACUGAGGAACUCCACAGCUGAAAUGCAAGAGAGUUUGUGGGGAAAGGGUCUAGUACCAGUCAUGCUACCCCUGUACCCUUUUGUAGCAGUUUCCCAACAGUUUGUGCACCCCCCCCCCAAAAAAAAAAAAGCUUUGUAUUUGACUUGUUCUUAUCCCUUCCCUACGGACGUUCCACUCCUUAGUAUUUUCGUAAAGCAGCAAAAAGGUUGUUCCAGUUUGCCCCAUCAUUGGAUGCCGCUCCCACUCCUGCGCAUGCGUUCAUACCUAUAUCUGUUGUAUAGGGGAUGAGAUGUUGCACUCCAGUGCUGCUGCUUUGGGGCUGGUGCAAAGAAUUACAUGCUCUCUGGAAAUAAAGUCCUCUGGAAAGGUCUGGAAAGUGUGGCUUGGUGAGUUUUGUUUUUGGCUGGGUUGAAUGAGCGACGUUGAGGCAUGUUUGAUUCUGGCAUGUGUGCCAUGAACAUGUGGUAUGUCCAGGCUGUCAUGUCUUUUUAACGGAGCAAGGUGAAGUGUUUCUUUCCCCCCCCCCUUUUUUUUUUAUUCAUCUUUUGGAGGCUUAAAGUGUAUCUGUAACUCGAAGGGGGUAAGGGAAAUACAGUUUUUGAGACAUA